AUGAUUGUCCGGUUCUUGAGGCUUCUUGUUUCUCUGGAGCUUGAAAAUCUUUAAUGGAGAGCUCAAUGAAAACACAGUGUGAGCCAUGGAUAUCAUUACAGCGUAUAUACAUCUGUCUGCUCUGUCUCAGUGUGCAGAUGGUCUUAGGUUUCAACCAGGUUAUUCUCCUGGAUCCUCCAGUGAAGGCUUUGCCAGGCCAACGUCUGGUUGUAUUUUACACUUGUAAUGACCCUGCCACAGUGCAGCUAGACUUAGUAGUAUAUUUUGACACCGGCAGCAGUCGCACACUUGAGCUAACCCACUGGAGAUGUGACCCCUAUGGCAAGACAUUAAAGACUGUAGAGCUGAACCUCCCUGAUUGGUUGGUUUAUCAAGCUGAUGGGAUUGUUCCUGACUCCCAGUGGGCACUGAGUUGUAUGCUGGAUGCAGCAGUCACAUACCCUGGAUUUGAUGACACUGAAGAGGUGGUUACAGCUCAGGAUGUGGCUUACUUGGAGCCAAUUCCUUUCUUUGACCGGCCUGUGAAACAGCAUGAGCUCUGCAUUGCAUGGAGCAUGCAAAUGCUAAAGUUAACUCAGCACUUUUUGAAGAAACAAUGCCAUUUCGAGCAAGAAGCACAUUUGCUGUCAUCAAUAUUUGCUUCGUCUGAAGAAAACUUUGGCAUCUCAAAGAUACUGGCCCCGUACAAGAAUAAAGCUCUGGAGUAUUUGCGCGUUAAAACCAUUUCCUCUUCAAGGUUUAUGUUCUCUUUGUGGAUAUGGUUGACCGGACACUGCCAAGAGAAGAUGUGUGGAUUGUUUUAUCAUAUAGACUCCAAUGAUGACUACACCACACCGACACUGUUACUCACAAAGUCAGGCCGGCUUCACAUCCAGAUGAGUGGAGAGUCAGAGGAAUCAUUUGCAUUUCUCUCUCCAUUCAAGGUGCCUUUAAGUGAGUGGUGCCAAAUCAGUGUGAAGGUGCUUAGAACAAAGGUGACUGUCUCCAUGGUGUGUAUAGAUGAGGAGCAGAGAAAGGAUUAUUCUGCAGAUUAUAUCUCUAAGAACAAUAUCCUGCUGGAUGACACAGAGGGAUAUUUUGUGAUUGGUGGAAGUAAAUUCAUAGAAGGUGUGGAAGGUUAUUAUGGACCAAUGGUUUACCACCGCAACAGAGUGUUGCCUCGGAGCACGUCUGAAGUUGUUGUUCCAGAUGUUAUCAGAGCUGUGAAUCUUACUGGAUGGUUGCAUACAUGUCGAGCUUUUCGUCUGGAGAUGAGUGUGAAGAUCAGAGGAUAUUCCCUUCAGGCCAAUCAGGGGGAAGAGUUUGACACCUGCUUUGAUGCUUUCCAAGAGAUGAUGGUAAAGAACAGACUAACAUCAAAACCACUGUUUGAGCUGUGGGAGGAAACUGUCCCUCACAGAAGGCAAGCUGUGAAGCUGGCAAAACAUUUGGCUUUCAAACAUGUUGAAAGAGGAGUGAGUCUGGGAGCUGUGGGCAGAGCCCUGUACUCCUUAUCACUUCAGAAGCUGGGCAGAGGAGGCAGAACUGGAGACAUCAGCAGAAUAUUACCACUGCUGCUCCAAGCUGGCUGCUUAGCUGAUAACCGAGCUCUGCAUAUGGCAUCUGUACUCUACAGCUCUGGAUUGGGAGUCAAGAAACAGCCCUAUAAGUCUUGGCUCCUAGCCCUGCUGGCAGCCCAGAAAGAUGAUCUGUCAGCCAUAAUGCAUCUUGGGCAAUGGCACCUGCACCACCAGGCCCUCCAUGUCCUCCCCGCAGACCCAGCUGUGGCCCAUGCAUAUUAUGCAAACAUUGCAAAGCAGAAAGGCUUCGGCCAUCAUAAUCCCACACCAGAGCAGAUGGUCUUGGCCUUAGAUGGGGUGAUACUUCUGAAUCCUCCAGUGAAGGCUCUGCCACACCACAUUCUGUAUGUGUCCUACUUUUGUAAUGGGCAUGCAACAGUUCAGCUGGACUUACUUGUAACUUUUGAAACUGGCAUUACUGACAUAGUCCAGCUGAACCACUGGAGCUGCAACCCCUAUGACCCUCAAAUAGAGGUUGUUCGGCUGAACCUGCCCGAUUGGUUGGUUUAUCAAGCUGAUGGGAUUGUUCCUGACUCCCAGUGGAUGACGAGUUGUAUGCUGGAAGUAGCAGUCACAUACCCUGGAUUCGAUGACACUGAGGAGUUGGUUACAGCUGACAAUGUGGCAACUUUGGAGCCAGUGCCUUACUUUGAACGGCCUGUGAAACAGCAUGAGCUGUGCAUUGCCUGGAAUAUGCAAAUGUUACGAUUAACUCAACAUUUUUUGAAGAAGCAAUGCCAUUUUGAGCAAGAAACAGUACGCUUGUUGUCUUCAGUUUUUGCUUCAACUGGAGAAAACUUUGGCAUUACUAAGACACUGGACCCGUAUAGCAAUGAAGUUCUGGAGUAUUUGCGUAUGAAAGCCAUUUCCUCUCCAAGGUGUAUGUUCUCUAUGUGGAUAUUUGUGAACAGACACUGCCAGGAAAAGUUGUGUGGAUUCUUUUAUCAUUUAGACUCCCAUCGUAGCUAUAUCUCACCAUCACUGUUCCUCACAAAGUCAGGCCAGCUUCACAUCCAGAUGAACGGAGAGUCAAAGCAAUCGUCUGCAUUUCUCACUUCAUUCAAGGUGCCUUUAGGGGAGUGGUGCCAAAUCAGAAUGGUGGUGCUCUUUAAAAGGGUGACUGUCUCUAUGUUGUGCAUGGAUGAGGAGCAGAGGACAGAUUAUUCUUCAGAAUACAUCUUUAGGCAUAAUAUCAUACUAAAUGACACGGAAGGAUAUUUUGUGAUUGGUGGAGGAAAAUAUGUGAAAGGUGUGGAAGGUUAUUAUGGACCAAUGGUCUACCACCGCAACAGAGUGUUACCUCGGAGCACGACUGAGGCUGUGAUUCCAGAUGUUAUCAGAGCUGUGAAUCUGACUGGAUGGCUGCAUACAUGUCAAGCACUGCGUCUGGAGAUGAGUGUGAAGAUCAGACGAUAUUCUCUUCAGGCCAAUCAGGGAACAGAGUCUAGUAAAACAUGUUAUGAUGCUUUCCAUAAAUGGUUGGUACUGAAGAGACAGCCAUCAAAGCCACAAUGUGAGCUCUGGGAGGAAACUAUCCCUCGCAGAAGACAAGCUGCAAAAUUGGCCAAGUUGUUGGCUUUCAAACAUGGAAAAAGAGGAGUGAAUCUGGCAGCGGUGGGCAGAGCCCUAUACUCCUUAUCACUGCAGAAGCUGGGCAGAGGAGGCAGAACUGGAGACAUCAGCAGAAUAUUACCACUGCUGCUCCAAGCUGGCUGCUUAUCUGAUAACCGAGCUCUGCACAUGGCAUCUGUACUCUACAGCUCUGGAUUGGGAGUCAAGAAACAGCCCUAUAAGUCUUGGCUCCUGGCCCUGCUGGCAGCCCAAAAGGAUGAUCGAUUGGCACUCCUGCAUCUAGGGCACCUGCACCACCAGGGUCUCCAUGGCCUCCCCACAGAUCCAGCUCUGGCCUAUGCAUAUUAUGAAAACAUUGCUAAGCAGACAGCUUUGGACCGUCAAGAUCCCACACCAGAGCAGACUUAUGUAGAGGCGGUUCAUCUCAACAAUGAGGAGGAGUUGAAUCUCCAGACAGAUAAGGAUCAUCACAUCUUUCAAUGGCUGAAACUACAGGCCCACAGGGGAGCAGCUGAAGCAGAGCAAGCGAUUGGUCGUAUGCUGUUCUGGGGUCAGCAGGGAGUGUCUCCAAACAUGCAGGAGGCUGUGAGACAUUAUGAAAGAGGAGCUGUCCAGUUGGAGGAUUCUGUAUCAAUGUAUGAUUAUGGCAUAGUCCUGCUGCAGGGACAAGGGGUCAAAAAGAAUAUUCCAAAAGCUCUCACUUUCCUCAAGAAAGCAAUGGACAAGGGUUUUGUUCCUGCAAUGAAUGCCCUGGCCUGGUACUACGAGCAGCAUGAGCAGAACUACGAGCAGGCAGUGAAACUAUGGGAGCAGGCUGAUCGCCUUAAUUCUCCAGAUGCUGCUUUGAACCUUGGAGUCCUGUACUCACAGGGACUGUAUCCUGGAAAAGCUGUAGACAAGUUUAUGGCCUAUAAGUAUUACCUGAAGUCUGCAGAAAGAGGGCACAUCAGAGGUGGGAUUCUCCUGGCUGAGAUCUGGACAACGGGGAUACCCGGCCGUGUCAAAAGACGUCAAGCGGAUGCAGUUUUGUGGGUAAAGUGGGCAGCUGAGCACAACGGAUACCUAGGAACUAUCUUGCGGAAAGCCUUGGAUUCAUAUCUCAAGAGCGACAUGUUCAACUCGCUGUUAUAUUACAUGAUGGCUGCUGAGUGCGGGUAUGCACCUGCCCAAUUCAAUGUGGCAUAUCUUUGUGAACAAAAUACAGUAGAUAUUCUGGAUCCUGGUUUUGCUUCAGGCUGCAUGUGGAGAUAUUACAACCUCACAACCCAAAGUCUAAAUCCUGACCCAUAUGCCUUGAUUAAGAUGGGUGACCUGUUGUAUGAGGGGGGAGCUGACGUGCACAAAGACUUGUUUUCUGCAGCAGAGGUGUACACACUGGCAGCUUUAAGGCAGGAGCCACUGGGAUGGUACAACCUUGGCCUCCUUGUUGCUGAGGGUUACAGGCUGUCCUUGUCAGUAUUGAUCAAACUCGGCCUUUCAGAGCUCUACCUGGAAGACAACAUUUCACUUCAAAGUUCUUUGUACGAAAGAUGCAGAGAACUGGAGGGUAAGGAUGGAUACUUGCCUUGCAGCCUUGCCCUCUACAGUGUGUAUAUUCAGUCGUUUCAAAAGGACUAUAACACUGCUAUUAAGGUUUCCACUGCAGUUGCCGUUCUAACAGCUUCAACAAUAUUCCUAAUUGUUCCCAUUGUGCUCAGGAGAGCCAUGCCGUCCCUUGACUAGAGCCAAGACCCACAUCAUGAUCCUCAGUGCAACAAUAACUUGCACAAUAACAACAGACAAAUAUUUGGUGUGAAUUUACUUAUGUUUUAAGUAUGGGAUCAUUGUAAAGAACAAAUGUUUAAAUAUGUGUUUGGUUUUGGGCGCUGGUGGCGCAGUGGUUAGUGCGCACGCCCCAUGUAUGGAGGCUGUAAUCCUCCAAGCGGGCGGCCCAGGUUCAAAUCUGACCUGAGGCUCCUUUCCCGCAUGUCAUUCCCUACUCUCUCUC